CACCAAACGCAGAAGCCAAAUCUCCUAGAAAGCGAGUCUCUCUCUCUCUCUCUCUCCGUUUUUUCUUACAGUCAGCGAAAACAAACAAACAAACAAUUGGAACACGAAACAACCACAUCACACCUUGUUUCGAAUUCAACUAAGAAAACGACAAAGAGGAUGUUUCCGGAGACAAGCACGACGCGGUGGCCGACUCAGCCAGCCGAGCCGAGUGAGUGGACUCGUUACCAGGAUAAGCUCUUCGAGCGAGCUCUAUUGAUGGUGCCGGAGGAUCAGCCUGACCGGUGGGAGAAGAUCGCCGAGCAGGUACCGGGAAAGUCGGCGGCGGAGGUGAGGGACCACUAUGAUGCCUUGGUUCACGACGUGUUCGAGAUCGACUCGGGUCGGGUCGAGGUGCCGAACUACACGGAUGACUUUGCUGGUGGAUUGUCCUCAUGGGACUCUGCUAAUCAAAUAUCUUUCGGGUCCAAGUCUAAGCAUGGCGACAACGAGAGGAAGAAAGGGACUCCAUGGACUGAAGAGGAACACAGGCUGUUUCUCAUUGGGCUCAGCAAAUUUGGCAAGGGAGAUUGGAGAAGCAUUUCAAGAAAUGUUGUUGUGACAAGAACACCAACUCAAGUAGCUAGCCAUGCCCAGAAAUACUUCCUUCGCCAGAAUUCGGGGAAGAAAGAGAGGAAAAGAUCGAGCAUCCAUGACAUAACCACAGUGGACAGUAACUCAGUGCCUGUGCCCAUUGAUCAGAAUUGGGUUCCUCCUCCUACUAGUUCAAUGCAGCCGUCACAAGAAAUGCAGCAGUACCCAUCAAACAAUUUGCAAGAUCAAAUGGGUAGAUUUGGUUAUUCAAACUAUGGCUUUGAGAUGUAAAGAAUGCUAGAAGCCGCAUGUUUCUGUACAUAAUGCAGUAUAUGUUUCUUGUUUGUAAAGUUUGUGGUUUUGCUAGCUGACAGAGUGAUUAGGAGUAUUGCUAAUUGAAUUUAUUUUGUUUGUGAAUCACAUAUAAUAUGUACUAGUGACCAAUGGAGGGUAGUGAAAACAAAUAGUUAACUUUUAGCUCAACAGCGAUGGAAAUUCUUUGUCAGUGUCUAAAUUCAAUUACUCAUUUG